AUGAAUUCGAGUGGAUGUUCGAAAUUAUCCGUAACCAUUUUACGUUAUGGUCAAAUAGUUAAAAUAAGAUCAUUUUGUGCAAUGGGAGUGCAUCAUGCUAAAUCAGUGGAAUCUGCGGGUGAAACAAGUGUAACUGACAACGAUGCCGCAUGCUCGAAAAUUAUUGUCAAGAAUAUAAAAGAAAUUUAUGAAUAUUUCUCGAAAUUUGGUGUAGUCAAAACAGUGACAAUUCCCUGGAAUUACAAAAUGGGGUUGCAUAGAGGACAUGCUUUCGUUGAGUUUGAUGGCAGGAAAGCUGCUGAUGAAGUAAUGAAAAGUGCAUCACAUAAAAUUGAUGGACGAAGACUGAUUAUACGCUUACAUCCGAAGAAUAACAAUUCAGAGAAUGGUAAAAAAGUUGGUUGUUGA